AUGGGCACGGGCAUCGUGUCAAUUCUCCUCCACAACCUGCCGUACAACGUAACUUGGAUAUCCCAUGGACUCGCCAUAGCAUUUUUCGUUCUGAACGUCGGUCUGUUCACGGUUUUUACGGCCAUUACAAUUCUACGAUAUGCGUUAUACCCCGAGAUAUGGAAGGCUAUGGUUAUUCACCCGGCCCAGUCGAUGUUUUUGGGCUGUUAUCCCAUGGGUUUUGCAACUAUCAUCAAUAUGAUGGUGUUUGUUUGUGCUCCAGCGUGGGGUGACUGGGUAGUGUCCUGGGCAUGGGGCUUUUGGUGGCUUGACGCUGCUCUGUCUCUAGCAACAUGCAUUACAGUGCCAUUCGUCAUGAUCCAUCAACAUCGUCCGGGUCUACAAGCAGUCACGGCGGCCAGUCUACUUCCAAUCGUGCCAACUGUAGUUGCAUCCUCGACAGGAGGUAUCGUCGCCGAGGCCUUGGCCAACCCAGAUCAUGCCUUCAUUACCCUUAUCGCCUCCUACAUCCUCUGGGGCAUUGGGAUCUGCUUCUCAGGCAUGGUCCUCGCGCUGUACUUCCAUCGCCUGACCAUCCACAGUCUCCCAUCGAAGGAAGCUAUCGUCUCGGUUUUCCUGCCAAUCGGGCCCCUCGGCCAAGGGGGCUUUGGCAUUCAGCAACUUGGUAAGGUGUCUCUCAAGCUGUUGCCGCAAACCACAGCCUUUACAACCCUUGCGCCUAGCGCUAUACACGGCGGCGAAAUCCUGUACUUCCUGGGUAUCUUCCUGGCUCUCAUCAUGUGGGGAUUUGCGUUGGUAUGGCUUUCGUUUGCCCUCAUCAGCAUCGCAACGAUGCAAAAGUUCCCGUUCAACAUGGGCUGGUGGGGGUUUACGUUCCCUCUUGGCGUGAUGGCUACUUGCACGGGGAUGUUGGCGCAGGAGCUGGACAGCUCUUUCUUCAGAGUUGCCACCAUGAGCACUGCUGCUCUUCCAAUUUCCAGAGUCAUCAUGGCUCUCCCUCUUGAGCAGCCGGGCUUCAAGGCCAUGCUGAAUAACUUCCACGAUGUAUGGCAGGAAAUUCGCAUACCGGUGAUCCUUUUCACCGCCUUUGGCUUGCUCGUCCUCCGAUUCUACCUCCAUAGCGCUGAGGAAAAGGGCGACCUGAAGGCAUUCCCCAAAGUACUCAACAACGAAAAGCCCCAGUCGAAGCCGAAGCCACAACCCAAGCCUGUCGAGGAAAAGAAGGAUGUUAAGCCGAUCCCCGUCGUCGAGUCGAAGGUGCCCAAGUCGAGUGGCCCGAGGAGGAUAAAGGGUGGUUUGGUCAAGCGGCCUUCCGAGGAACUCAAGAAUGGCGACGGUCUUGCGCGGACGAUACGGCCUCUGAUCUUUUUCUCGAGCAUCACCGCCAACACUCCCAAGAUCGCAAAGGACUAUGCAGAGCGCUUGGAGAAGGACCUCCAAAAGACUGCUGCCGAAACCGGCUGCUCUUUCAUGGUUCCCGAAGUUCUCGACCUUGCUGAGGUCGACUUUGACGAUUACUUCAUCACGCCGCCCAAGUCUGACGAACCAGUCGAGCUCUUCUACCUGUUCCUGCUGCCCAGUUACAAUAUCGACACAAUCAACGACACUUUCCUCGAGCACCUCCAAGAGACGCAUCACGAUUUCCGCAUCGACACGGCGCCUUUGUCCCCGCUCCUCGGUUACUCCGUAUUUGGCUUUGGAGACAGGGAAGGCUGGCCGACAGAGGACGAGGGUUUCUGCUUCCAGGCCAAGGAGGUUGACAAGUGGAUGGCCAAGCUCACUGGUCGCAAGAGGGCCUUCCCCGUCGGCAUGGGCGACACCAAAAGAGACUAUGCUGAGAGGCUAUCCGAAUGGUCUGAGGGUGUCGUGGACGUCCUCGGCAUGGUGGCCAAGACCGGCAGCCUGGGUGAGGGCCUGCCCGGGAGCGGCGCGCCUGACGAGAGCGACGACGAGUCCGCGGCAGAGGAUGACGACGAGGUGCUGAUCGAGGACUCCGAGGCCAAGCCCGAGAAGCUCAAGAACCGCAAGAACAUCGACGACGUCGAGGACCUGGGCCGCAUCAUGAAGAACUCCAACCCCGACGCCGACACCAAGCCCAGCGCGGCGCCCAUCGCAGUCGACUUCACCACCUACGGAAAGUCCGCGGCAACCAAGAAGACGCCCACACAAGGUGCCAAGGAGAUGGUCCCCAAGAACUCGCCCACCUACGCCUCCCUCACCAAGCAAGGCUACUCCAUCGUCGGCUCGCACUCGGGUGUGAAGAUCUGUCGCUGGACCAAGUCCGCCCUCCGCGGUCGCGGCUCGUGUUACAAGUACUCUUUCUACGGCAUCAACUCCCACCAGUGCAUGGAGACCACCCCGUCACUUUCCUGCUCCAACAAGUGCGUCUUCUGCUGGCGCCACGGCACGAACCCCGUCGGCACCACCUGGCGCUGGGUCGUCGACCCGCCCGAGCUCAUCUUCGACGGCGUCAAGGCGAACCACUACAACAAGAUCAAGAUGCUGCGCGGCGUUCCCGGCGUCAGGGCCGAGAGGUUCGCGGAGGCGAUGAGGAUCAGGCACUGUGCGCUUUCGCUCGUCGGCGAGCCCAUCUUUUACCCUUACAUCAACGAGUUCCUGGGCAUGCUCCACGCCGAGCGCAUUUCGUCCUUUUUGGUCUGCAACGCGCAGCAUCCCGACCAGCUCGCCGCGCUCAAGGCCGUGACGCAGUUGUACGUCUCCAUCGACGCCUCCAACAAGGAGUCGCUGAGGAAGAUCGACCGGCCCCUGCACCGCGACUUCUGGGAGAGGUUCCAGAGGUGUCUGGAGAUCCUGAGGGAGAAGCGCUUCAAGCACCGCACCGUCUUCCGCCUCACGCUGGUCAAGGGCUUCAACGUCGACGACGAGGUCGAGGGCUACGCGCAGCUGGUCGAGAAGGGCCUGCCCUGCUUCGUCGAGAUCAAGGGCGUCACGUACUGCGGCACGUCGACGGCGUCCAACGCCGGCCUGAGCAUGUCCAACGUGCCGUUCUACUGGGAGGUGUCCGAGUUCGUCACGGCCCUCGAGAAGAGGCUCAACGAGAAGGGUCUCAAGUACGGCAUCGCGGCGGAGCACGCGCACAGCUGCUGCGUCCUGCUCGCGAGCGACCGGUUCUACAAGGACGGCAAGUGGCACCCCCGCAUCGACUACCAGCGUUUCUUCGAGCUGCUGGAGGAGCGCGGGGCGGACGGCGACUGGAAGCCGGAGGACUACAUGGGCGAGGCGACGCCCGAGUGGGCUGAAUGGGGUAACGGCGGCUUCGACCCGCGCGAUGACAGAGUCGAUAGGAAGGGCAGGAAAAUUGAGGCCUAG